GAACUUCUUCUGAACGCAACUACACAACUCUAGUUGUCAAUUAUUCUUUUGGUUAUAAUUAUUUUCACUCUGCGCUCUGCAUACAAGUUCUUUAACCGCAACAUCACGUCAACAAAAAAAAAAACAACAAAAAGUGCCCCCACCUACCCACUGCUCUGCUGUAGACGCUGAACUGGAAUAGUCAACUGUGAGAGAGAUUUCACAUCGUUUCGUUUCAUUUGCUUCAUUCAAUCAGUUCCGAGACUAGCUGUAACAAACAGCAUUCGCCGCAUGCUGAAUAAAAAAACACCGCUCCAACAACCACAACAACGACAACAACUACAGCAAAGACAACAAAUACGUUAUCGAUAUCAAGAUGAAUCCCUGCGCUGUGCCCACAGCCGUGCCCGAUGUUGACGGAGACAAGCGCUGGCUGAGUAUACAUCGUCGCUUCAUAUGCGAUUGCCGCGAAAAGGAUCCGGAUGUGAUCUUCCUGGGUGAUUGCAUAUUUGAAACGCUGCAGGACACCGACACCUGGAACCAAUUGUUUGCACCGCUGCACUGCCUCAACUUUAGCAUACGCGACGAUUGCACCGAGCAUGUUUUGUGGCGCAUCGAGAACGGCGCCCUCGACAAUGUGAAUCCCAAAAUUGUUGUCCUACACGUCGGCACCAACAAUGUGAGCAACAGUGCUGCCCAAGUUGCCGAAGGUUUGCUCGCCAAUGUGGCCAAGAUACGCGAAAAACUGCCAGGCGCCUACAUUCUGCUACCGUCGCUGCUUCCACGCGGUCAGCAACCGAAUUUGUUGCGUGACAAAAAUGCGGAGAUUAAUGAAUUGGUCAAGGAACAGACAAAGGGAUUGGAUCGUGUGCAAACGGUUGCCAUCGAUAAGGGAUUAGUGCAAGGAGACGGCAGCAUUAGCCACCAUGAUAUGUUCGACUAUAAGAAUCUAACGAAUACCGGCGCCAAAAAAAUACUCGAACCAUUGCAUGAUUUGCUCUCACAAAUUCUCAAUGAAAACGAACUGGAACGCGAUCUCACUCCAUCUGAAUAAUAGUUUCCUCUCUCUCUUACACUCAAUUCAAUUCGUAACUCAAUUCGCGAACUCAAGAAAGUUAAAGGAGACUAAUAAUAUUCACAAUCAAUGAAUCCAAAAAAAGGAAAAACAAAACAAAAAACAACACAAAAAUCCAACACUCCAACCUGCAUGAUCUUUAGCAAUGAAAGUAUUCACUUGUGUAUUUGUUUCGGGAUUUCAUUAUUUCCAUUCACUCACACAAAACGCAAGUUUCCUUAAAGCUUCACAAUGAUAUUUUAUUUAUCUAUCCCCUAGGCUUAAGAAGAAAACUAAAACAAAAAACAAAUUUGCUCUGCAUACAGGAUAUAUACAAACACAUGAGAAUAUUGUAUUUUGCAUUUAUAUUAAAUAUUAAAUUAUGCGUACAUACAUAUUUAAUUUAAUAUGCAUAUUAAUGAAAAGAAAUGAAAAUGAAAUUUACAUUCCCCCCUAGACUCACUUCAAAAUACAAAAUGCGUAGGAAUUUUUUUUUUUUUGCAUAUACAUAUUCAUACAACAAGAUGUAAUUUUAUUUGUGUGAAACGUAUUUAAGCUUGAAAAGGCACCAGAAGAAUCCCACUUAAUACUGUAUAAA